AUGAGCAAUAAUUAUUAUACUACUUGUCCUCAAUACUUCUACCAGCCUAUUUGGUAUCAAGGAACAAAUCCUUAUAUACCAAACUACGACACAGGUUUUCCCAGCACACAAUAUAGUUAUUAUUCGUCUCCACAUGUUUCCAACUCUCCAGAUAAUCUUCUUCACCAAGUUCCAGCUUCUAGCAUCCCUCAACACCAAGUUACACAUCAACCGUUGAGAUGUUUGUGGAACACUGACGGACAGCAAUGCCAGGAAGUUUUUUCGAAUUCGGAGGACUUGGGAUUCCAUGUCAGAGAAGAACACGCUGAAGGUAGACAAAUAUGUCAAUGGGAUAACUGUGGCAAAGAGUUCAAGCAGAAAUACAGACUUGUCAACCACUUACCUGUUCACACUAGAGAAAAAGCAUUUCAAUGCGACACAUGUGCAAAAUUAUUCGCACGGGCUGAAAAUCUGAAAAUUCAUAAGAGAACUCAUACAGGUGAGAAGCCAUUCGCUUGCACUCAUUCUGGGUGUGAUAAAAGGUUCGGUAGCUCCACUGAUCGGAAGAAACACAUGUAUUGUCACGCAGAGAAGAAAAAAUACAUCUGCGAGGAUCAUGAAAAGUUGGACACUGGAAAACUGGCAUCUGCAAACGGAACACCACCACCGGUGUUGAAAAAACAGGACAUGUCUAUGCGGGAGUUCAUCAAAUGGUCCGACGGUUACCUUCGGGUUUUGCAAAAUCCUUACAUCAACUCUCGCCAUCAAUUUGAUUGGAAGGCUGAAGUUGAAGAUGAGGAGCUUAAAAUUGAUUAA